UAUCAGAUUGGGUCAGGAGCAGAUCUGCCCCCAUCCAGGGACCUGAGAGAUAAGAAAUCUAAUGAGGUCUUUUGUGUCCCUGGCAGGACUGCCCUGGCGAGAUUUCGUCAGGCUCAGCUGGAAGAGGGAAAAGUCAAGGAACGGAGACCCUUCCUUGCUUCUGAAUGUACUGAGUUGCCCAAAGCUGAGAAAUGGAGACGGCAGAUCAUUGGAGAGAUCUCAAAAAAAGUUGCUCAGAUUCAGAAUGCUGGUUUAGGGGAAUUCCGAAUUCGAGACCUGAAUGAUGAAAUUAACAAGCUGCUCCGGGAGAAAGGACACUGGGAGGUCCGGAUCAAGGAGCUGGGCGGCCCUGAUUAUGGAAAAGUCGGCCCUAAGAUGCUGGAUCACGAGGGUAAAGAAGUCCCAGGAAACCGCGGUUACAAGUACUUUGGGGCAGCAAAAGAUUUACCCGGUGUCAGAGAGCUGUUUGAGAAAGAACCCCUUCCUCCUCCCAGAAAGACACGUGCUGAGCUCAUGAAGGCGAUCGACUUUGAAUACUACGGUUACCUGGAUGAAGACGAUGGAGUUAUUGUGCCUUUGGAGCAAGAGUAUGAAAAGAAACUCAGAGCUGAGCUGGUAGAAAAAUGGAAAGCAGAGAGAGAGGCCCGGCUGGCAAGGGGGGAGAAGGAAGAGGAGGAGGAGGAGGAGGAGGAGGAGGAGAUCAACAUCUAUGCUGUCACCGAGGAGGAGUCAGAUGAGGAAGGCAGCCAGGAGAAGGUGGGGGAGGAUGGCCAGCAGAAGUUCAUCGCCCACGUCCCGGUGCCGUCGCAGCAGGAGAUUGAGGAGGCGCUUGUGCGGAGGAAGAAAAUGGAACUGCUCCAGAAAUAUGCCAGUGAGACCCUGCAGGCACAGAGUGAAGAAGCCAAGCGACUCCUGGGGUACUAGGAUGAGCCUG